UGAGAAUAAUUAAAUUGUUUUUUUUGACAAAUCUCAAUCAUUCAUCUCAAGUUCAAUAAGAGAAUCAGUUGAUUUUGUAAAGUUACAAAAAUCAAUUCAAGAUGCCUGUCGCCAAAAAAAUCUUGGAAAGAUAUUUAGAGACAGAAGCUUUAACAGUUGGAUUUUUUGGGGCAAGUUUAUUUGGAAUAUGCAUCAUCAGAUUAACUUUUGACCUUGUAGUAACUUUGACGGACUCUUGCAAUUAUAUCGAAUCAUUUGCUCAAGAACAUUUCAUGGAAAGAUGCAUUCCUACUCAGUUUCUUCUUUUUAUGCUUACGAUUUGCGUUAUCAAUUUUUCUGCUUAUGCUCUAUUCAUUAGAGGUAUUGCUAAGAGAUUCCACAGAAUCAUGAUUCCACUGAUCACUGUUUCAAGUCUUCAAACAUUAUUGACAGGAUUAUGCCUCAUCUAUGCAAUUGUAAUUAAGUCAUGGGAUUUCGCUGUUGGUUUCUCAGUUGCAUUUCCAUUAUCGCUUGGAUUCCUUGUUAUCAGUUACUUUAUGUAUAAGAAGAUUUUAUUAGAAAAUUCAUAAAUGCAUGCCAAUUUUUUUUGAAAAAUAAACAAAUUUCUUAAUUGAGUGUGUGAUCAGGCAA